CACAACUCCACAGUAGUCGAUCGUCAUCACUCGCAAACAAAGAAACCUCCAACCAAAGUUUAAAAGUCUUGUCUCCUUUACCAUACAAAAUGCAUACCCACAAGUCUCUUCUCUCCAACACCUUCCAAUGGGCUGCACUAGUGCCUUCUCCGUCCACCUUUCUCGCCUCUCGCUCCCACCGGCCGGUCAAGAUCUCCGCCGUGGCAACCCCGGUGAGGCCGGCUCUAAAACACCAGAACAAAAUCCACUCUAUGGCACCGGAGAAAGUGGAGAUUUUCAAAUCUUUAGACGGAUGGGCCACUGAUCAAAUCUUGCCUCUUCUCAAACCCGUUGACCAAUGUUGGCAACCCGCUUCUUUCUUACCCGACCCGGCCUUACCCUUUUCCGAGUUCACCGAUCAGGUGCGUGAGGUGAGGCAAAGAACAGCGUCAUUGCCGGACGAGUACUUCGUGGUGUUGGUCGGAGAUAUGAUAACGGAGGACGCGUUGCCGACUUACCAGACGAUGAUCAACACGCUUGAUGGCGUUAGAGACGAGACUGGUGCGAGUGGUAGCGCGUGGGCAAGGUGGACACGUGCGUGGACGGCUGAGGAGAACCUUCAUGGUGAUUUGUUGCGGACUUACUUGUAUUUAUCCGGUCGGGUUGAUAUGCUUAUGGUCGAACGCACCGUCCAGUAUCUCAUCGGCUCAGGGAUGGAUCCAGGAACAGAGAACAACCCGUACCUUGGUUUCGUGUACACGUCGUUCCAAGAGCGAGCCACCUUCGUUUCUCACGGCAACACCGCACGGCUCGCUAAGGCUGCCGGAGAUCCUGUCCUCGCUCGAAUCUGCGGCACCAUUGCAGCGGACGAGAAACGUCACGAGAGAGCCUACGCGAGCAUCGUUGAGAAGCUCCUCGAGAUCGACCCAAAUGGUGCAGUCUCUGCCAUAGCCGACAUGAUGCGGAAGAAGAUCACAAUGCCGGCUCAUCUAAUGACAGACGGUCGAGACCCAAUGCUUUUCGAACAUUUCUCCGCCGUGGCUCAACGGCUAGGGGUUUACACGGCGGAUGAUUACGCUGACAUCUUGGAGUUUUUGGUUGGACGGUGGAGACUGGAGACGCUAGAAGGAUUGACGGCUGAGGGUCAACGUGCACAGGAGUUUGUGUGUGGUUUAGCUCAGAGGAUCAGACGGCUCCAAGAGCGUGCAGAUGAGAGAGCUAAGAAGCUUAAGAAGACCCAUGAGGUUAGCUUUAGUUGGAUCUUUGACAAGAAGAUUAUUGUGUAACCGCUUGAAAAUAUAAAACUUUUUUAUUUCUUUUUUGUAAGCAUAUAUUUUUUUUUCCUUCAGUCAAGUUUCUACUUCUGUAACGUGUUUUUGACUUACAAUUCGAAUGGUUCGAAAUAAAUGUUCAAUCCGGAUAGACUGAUUUGAUCCA